ACCGAUAUUUAUCAUCACAGCUGUUUUUUUAUCUGCAUCAAACAGCUUUAUAUACUGAAUUAUUCGCCGACCUUGAUCAUAGUGAGUGGUGUUGUCGAAAGGUUGACUCCAGUCGCAGAAAUUCGUGAAUAAAAAUAUUUACAUUUUUUGUGUCAAGUGUUAUUCAUCAUGGAUUUAACUGUCGAUCAAUAUGUAGACGGUCUACUAAGCAAGGAGGCCUACGAAACUCCUUCAGAUUCUGUCAAAGAAGAUGAUUUGGAGAUGAAUCUGCCUGAAUGGUUCGAUGAAAAUUUAUAUAAUAGGGGACGAAGUUUCUUCUGGAGGUUCAGUUUCGGUCUCGCCGGAUCUAUGACUUCGGGACUAAUCUCCGUGUUUUCAGUGCCAACGAUACUGGAAGUGUUAGUGGGCUCACGACGAUCCUCCUCAAAAUACACAGCAUUCAAACGUUAUCUAUCAACAUUUCUACACGUUAUGUCUUGGUUGCGAUAUGAAUUGAAGCCUGGCAGUAUUUCAUGGCAAUCGCUAUACGCAGUUCGACGUCGACAUUUGAGGAAUGGGAGAGCGGCUCGCUUGAAGAAUAAAGGCACUGUAUCCCAGCGUGAUUUGGCAUUGACACAAUUCGGAUUCAUAGGUUAUGCAGUAUUGAAACCGGACCGCAUCGGCGUCACCCAGCAGGAGGCAGACGAUUGGGAAGCUUACAAUCAUUUGUGGAGAGUCAUCGGCCACAUGUUAGGAAUAGAAGACAGGUACAACUUGUGUCGUAAGAACAUAGAAGAAACUCGUGAGGCGUGUAAGCUGAUACUGGAGCGUGUGUACACACCGUGUCUGGAGAACGUGCCGGAGUACUUCGAGCACAUGGCGCGUGUCAUGAUGGACGGUAUGUGGGCGGUGAACGGCACCAUGGAGUCAGGAAGUCAGAUGUACUUGACGAAAAAUCUGGCGAAUGUGCCCGGGUAUAUCUUGACUGAACCUGAGAGAAUCGAUCUGCAGAGACGCAUUAAAGAAAAAUUAAAUGGAAAACAUCCAGAUAUUGGUGUGGAUGCUUCAUUGUUAGUAGAAAAAGCAAGAGUAGAAGGUCUGCCGGACCGACCACCACGUUUACUCUAUCUCAAAGAUUACGACACAUUGGACAAUGCGCCUGAAUACAAGAAACUAACCUUAGCCGCGAAAUAUAAACUGGCUCUUUUAUCCAUAUUCAUCGCAGUUUACAAUACAAAUAUCGGUAGAAUAUUAAUAAACGCCUAUUUUGUUUUUUCUAUUAAUUUGACAGAAUAUUUUCCAUACGUUGCAUUCUUUUUAUACGGAAUUAAGAAUUCCUAUGUUAAUAUGUUUAAAGAAUCGCCAUUGGACGACACACCGGUUAAGCCUAAUUCAGAGUAUUAUAGGCCUCAGCCUACACCUUGGUAUAAAGAGAUACUGGCAUUUUGGUAAACUUGUAACCUAGUUGUAAACUUGUUAAUGGCAUCAUGAUAUGAAAUAACAAAAUAUGCAAUUAUCUAUCUAUAUAUACUAGCUGUCGCCCGCGACUCCGUCCGCUCGGGAUUA